ACACUCCAAAUCACACCCACAACAGUAUUUGACUAGUAAAACUAGAAAGAGAGGAAUCCGCAAUCCGUUUUAGAGAAGCGAAAAUGGUGGUCGGCAUUGACAAGGCAGUUUCCGCCACGAAUCCCGUCGUUUCAUCCGUCAAGAAGACGCCCCCCUCCGACUCCGUUAUCAACUUGGCUCGUGGCGAUCCUACCAUGUACCAGCCAUACUGGAGGAGAAUGGGAGACAAGUGUACGGUCGUGAUCCCCGGUCAUGAUUUGAUGAGCUACUUCAGCGACCCUGGAAACUUGUGCUGGUUUUUGAUGCCGGAGCUCGAUGAUGCAAUCAGGAGACUCCAUCGUGUCGUCGGGAAUGCGGUGAUUGACGACGACCGAUAUGUCGUUGUCGGCACUGGCUCGACCCAGCUCUUCCAGGCGGUGCUUUUCGCCCUCUCUUCCCCCCACAAUCCUGACAAUGAGCCCCUCAGUGUCGUCGCCGCUGCCCCUUUCUACUCGUCGUAUCCAGAGGAGACAGAGUUUCUUCAUUCGGGGUUGUACAAAUGGGCAGGUGAUGCGUACUCCUUCGAUAAAGAUGGAGCUUACGUGGAGUUGGUGACUUCUCCGAACAACCCCGAUGGAACGAUUCGAGAAGCGGUUGUGAAUCGCGAUGGUGGUAAACUGAUUCAUGACUUAGCCUACUAUUGGCCCCAAUACACCCCCAUUACUGGUAAGGCUGAUAAUGAUAUUAUGCUCUUCACCUUCUCCAAAGCCACUGGACAUGCUGGUUCUCGCAUUGGCUGGGCUAUCUGUAAGGAUAAAGAAGUGGCUGCCAAGAUGGUUAAGUACAUAGAGCUGAGCAGCAUCGGGGUAUCCAAGGAAGCUCAGCUUCGAGCCGCCAAGAUUCUCAAUGUGAUUGCCGAGGAUUGCGCGAAUCCCGGGCCUGAGAAAGAAGAAAACUUCUUCGAAUAUGGCCACCGUCUCAUGUCGGACCGAUGGGAAAAGCUACGGGAGGUGGUUAAGCGCAAUGGUGUUUUCAGUCUGCCUAAGUUUCCUAGAGAUUUCUGCACCUUCAUGGGAAAAGACACUGAUCCAAGCCCUGCCUUUGCAUGGUUGAAGAUCAAGGAUGGCUUGGACUGUGACAAUCUCUUAAGGGAGUUUAAGAUAAUCACUAGGGGCGGAACAAAUUUCGGGGUUGACUCGGAUUAUACUCGGAUUAGCAUGCUGAGUCCUGACGACGAGUUUAACCUUUUCCUGGAGAGGUUGGCAACAAUCAAAGGGACCAUGAAUGGAAACUAUUAGUUGUGAUGGAGAGCA